CGGUGCGGCGCCGGCGGGCGGCGGCGCGGAGGCCGGGCCGGGCGGUGGCGCGGGGGGCGCGGCGGCCAAGGCGGGCGGCGCCGGCGACAUGACGGACAACAUCCCGCUGCAGCCGGUGCGCCAGAAGAAGCGGAUGGACAGCAGGCCGCGCGCCGGGUGCUGCGAGUGGCUGAGAUGCUGUGGUGCUGGGGAGCCCAGACCCCGCACUGUCUGGUUGGGCCACCCGGAGAAGAGGGACCAGAGGUAUCCUCGAAAUGUCAUCAACAACCAGAAGUACAAUUUCUUUACCUUUCUUCCCGGGGUGCUGUUUAACCAGUUCAAGUACUUCUUCAACCUCUAUUUCCUGCUGCUUGCCUGCUCCCAGUUCGUCCCUGAGAUGCGGCUUGGCGCCCUCUAUACCUACUGGGUCCCCUUGGGCUUCGUGCUGGCUGUCACCAUCAUCCGUGAGGCGGUGGAGGAGCUCCGAUGCUACGUGCGGGACAAAGAGGUCAACUCCCAGGUCUACAGCCGGCUCACAGCAAGAGGGACGGUGAAGGUGAAGAGUUCCAACAUCCAGGUGGGCGAUCUCAUCAUCGUGGAGAAGAACCAGCGGGUCCCGGCCGACAUGAUCUUCCUGAGGACAUCCGAAAAAAAUGGCUCUUGCUUCUUGCGGACUGACCAGUUGGAUGGGGAGACGGACUGGAAGCUGCGGCUGCCCGUGGCCUGCACACAGAGGCUCCCCACGGCCUCGGACCUUCUCCAGAUCCGAUCGUACGUGUAUGCGGAGGAGCCCAACAUCGACAUCCACAACUUCGUGGGCACUUUCACCAGGGAGGACAGUGACCCCCCCAUCAGCGAGAGCCUGAGUGUGGAGAACACGCUGUGGGCUGGCACCGUGAUUGCGUCAGGUACAGUUGUGGGUGUCGUUCUUUACACCGGCAGAGAGCUCCGGAGCGUCAUGAACACGUCCAACCCCCGAAGCAAGAUCGGCCUGUUUGACCUGGAAGUGAACUGCCUCACCAAGAUUCUCUUCGGCGCGCUGGUGGUGGUGUCACUCGUCAUGGUGGCCCUCCAGCACUUUGCCGGCCGCUGGUACCUACAGAUCAUCCGUUUCCUACUCCUGUUUUCCAACAUCAUCCCCAUCAGUUUGCGCGUGAACCUGGACAUGGGCAAGAUCGUGUACAGCUGGGUGAUUCGCAGGGAUUCAAAAAUCCCCGGGACCGUGGUUCGGUCCAGCACGAUUCCCGAGCAGCUGGGCAGGAUUUCUUAUUUACUCACAGACAAGACAGGAACUCUGACCCAGAACGAGAUGGUUUUCAAACGGCUGCAUCUGGGCACGGUGGCCUAUGGCCUCGACUCCAUGGACGAAGUGCAGAGCCACAUAUUCAGUGUCUAUACCCAGCAGGCCCAGGAGCCACCAGCUCAGAAGGGGCCCACGGUCACCACCAAGGUCCGCCGGACCAUGAGCAGCCGCGUGCACGAAGCCGUGAAGGCCAUCGCGCUGUGCCACAACGUGACCCCCGUGUACGAGUCCAACGGCGUGACCGACCAGGCCGAGGCCGAGAAGCAGUACGAGGACUCCUGUCGCGUGUACCAGGCAUCCAGCCCAGACGAGGUGGCCCUGGUCCAGUGGACGGAGAGCGUGGGCCUGACCCUGGUGGGCCGAGACCAGUCUUCUGUGCAGCUGAGGACCCCUGGCGACCAGAUCCUGAACUUCACCAUCCUGCAGAUCUUCCCCUUCACUUACGAGAGCAAGCGCAUGGGCAUCAUUGUGCGGGACGAGUCCACGGGAGAAAUCACGUUCUACAUGAAGGGGGCUGACGUUGUCAUGGCUGGCAUCGUGCAGUACAAUGACUGGCUGGAGGAGGAGUGUGGCAACAUGGCCCGGGAGGGCCUGCGGGUGCUCGUGGUGGCCAAGAAGUCUCUUGCGGAGGAGCAGUACCAGGACUUCGAGGCCCGCUACGUCCAGGCCAAGCUGAGUGUGCACGACCGCUCCCUCAAAGUUGCCACGGUGAUUGAGAGCCUGGAGAUGGAGAUGGAGCUGCUGUGCCUGACGGGCGUGGAGGACCAGCUGCAGGCGGACGUGCGGCCCACGCUGGAGACGCUGCGCAACGCAGGCAUCAAGGUCUGGAUGCUGACGGGGGACAAGCUGGAGACCGCCACCUGCACCGCCAAGAACGCACAUCUGGUGACCAGAAACCAGGACAUCCACGUGUUUCGGCUGGUGACCAACCGCGGCGAGGCCCACCUGGAGCUGAAUGCCUUCCGGAGGAAACACGACUGUGCCCUGGUCAUUUCUGGAGACUCGCUGGAGGUGUGCCUCAAAUACUACGAGUAUGAGUUCAUGGAGCUGGCCUGCCAGUGCCCAGCCGUGGUCUGCUGCCGCUGCGCCCCCACCCAGAAGGCCCAGAUCGUGCGCCUGCUCCAGGAACGCACCGGAAAGCUCACCUGCGCAGUGGGUGACGGGGGGAACGACGUCAGCAUGAUCCAGGAGUCCGACUGCGGCGUGGGGGUGGAAGGGAAGGAAGGAAAACAGGCUUCACUGGCUGCAGACUUCUCUAUCACCCAGUUUAAGCACCUCGGCCGGCUGCUUAUGGUGCAUGGCAGGAACAGCUACAAGCGCUCAGCUGCUCUCAGCCAGUUUGUGAUCCACAGGAGCCUCUGCAUCAGCACCAUGCAGGCUGUCUUCUCUUCCGUGUUCUACUUUGCCUCUGUCCCUCUCUACCAAGGAUUCCUCAUCAUUGGGUACUCCACCAUCUACACCAUGUUCCCGGUGUUUUCCCUGGUCCUGGACAAGGAUGUCAAGUCGGAAGUUGCCAUGUUGUACCCCGAGCUCUAUAAGGACCUGCUCAAGGGGCGGCCGCUGUCCUACAAGACGUUCUUAAUCUGGGUUUUGAUUAGCAUCUAUCAAGGGAGCACCAUCAUGUACGGGGCGCUGCUGCUGUUCGAGUCUGAGUUCGUGCACAUCGUGGCCAUCUCCUUCACGUCGCUGAUCCUCACCGAGCUGCUCAUGGUGGCGCUGACCAUCCAGACCUGGCACUGGCUUAUGACGGUGGCCGAGCUGCUCAGCCUGGCCUGCUACAUCGCCUCGCUGGUGUUCUUACAUGAGUUCAUUGAUGUGUACUUCAUCGCCACGCUGUCGUUCCUCUGGAAAGUCUCUGUCAUCACCCUGGUCAGCUGUCUCCCGCUCUACGUCCUCAAGUACCUGCGAAGACGGUUCUCGCCCCCCAGCUACUCGAAGCUCACAUCGUAGGCUGCGCGCUGGCCCGAGGGGACCCCGGGCUCUGCACAUCCUCAGCGGACAGAGUUUGAGUUCCAUUCGUGUUAACGCCACCUGUGGGUUUUGCAGUAAUUGCUAACACGCGCUGUUCCUUCGUGGCAAGGCCGUACCAGGGGGUCAGUCCUCAGAGGGGAGACUCGGAGGGCAGGCCCGAGAGGGGCCCCACGCACUCGUCAGACCCCUGGUUGUCACAUGGGAGUGACAGCUGUCAGAACGGGUGGCUCGCCUGACAGUCCUGUGGGUCACUGUGCAAGCUUCCUUAUGACUUGAAUUUGGUUGUCCUGUGAUAAAACUUUCUGUCUAGUCAAAGGUUACAGAAGGCUUUUUUUGUUUUUAAACCGGUCCCAUUGUGUGUCCUUUUUUUUUUAAGUCUCUAAAAAGUGGUUUCAGAAAAAACAGUUCUCAGAUUGGAGAGGAACAGGCAGUGGCAUUCGAUAAAAAGUCAUCCAAACAGUAAUUCCAUCUGGAAACGCUCAGCGCCCUCUCUGAGGCGUCCCUGCUUUGUGAGGGGCCCCGGAUUGCUAGGAUUAUGGAGCACGACCCCGAGGAGAGCACAGUAGGAGAGGGGACCCCCCCCAAGCAUGGGGGGCGAGUUCAUGUCACCUGCCACCUCGUAAAAGAGCUUCAGAGGUGGCACUCCUGCUUCGUUGUGAGCUGGUGACAAUUCCAGAGCCAGCGGCUAUCUGAGGACACCCUCUGGCCCUCCCAGCUAGUUGCUUUAGCAGGAAACAUGCCACCGAGCAGCCCCUACAUGUGUCGACGAUGCGAUAACAGCUUCAGCUAACUCUUCAGACAACCUGGCAGAUGAGACUCAGAUCUGCUGAGGCCGAGACGGAAGGGUCUGGGCACGGGGGCUCCGCUCUUGGCCAGCAGCCAGUUUCCUGUCGGAGUCACGGAGGACGCGCUGACAAAGGCAGCGACAGCGUGCCUUUGUUGCAGUUCGCAGUCCUGCAGCCUGCAACCAGCUCCUGCGGCUGCAGGUCUCCUGGGCAUGCGCAGAAGGAGGGGGUGGGGGAGGGGCGCCAGUCGUGGCUGCGCUCGCGGAGGGAGAAGAAGCUCGCGGGCGUUGGACGUGGCAGGGCAUUCUUGGGUUUGCAAGUCACUGCUUGUGGAAAGCACAUGUGUACUCCAUAAGGGUUAAGUCGGGAGGGCCUGGCGCCCCCAGAUGUGCGGUCCCUGCAGUCGGAGCGCAGCGCACGCCCUCCAGACCUGCGGGGGCGCCACGGCCCAGUGCUGAUGCCCACUCCCUGUCCACCCUAGGGGGACCUGCUCCCAGAGACUUGGGGACACGGGCAGCCACGACCUCAAAGUGCUCCCCGUGCACCCCGGCACUUUGUUAGAGCUUUUAGAGCUGCCCAGGAUGAGGGUAAGUUGCAGGGCCCGCGAGCUCGACUGUGUCCUGAGGUCCCCAGCUCCACCUCACGUCUCCUGUCCACUCCAGCCCUGUCCGGCAGGGCCGGGAGCCCCGCAGCGGUGAGCGCUGCAUUGCAGGAAUGGUGGCUUAGGAAGAGCAUCUUCGCCCCAAGGCCUCAGGGAGAUGGAGCGAACCUGACUUCUUCGUUGGGCAGUUUUACGUGGUUUGAAGAACAGAGGAGGUUUUAUUUAGUGAUUGUUUUUGAGCCUCUGGCUCUUUUUCCUCAGAAGUCAGUCUGGGAAACAGAGUCUUAAGAGAGCUGUGUGUUGAGUUCCCAAACCCAAGCCAGCCCUGUGACAGGGACAGGCCAGGACUCCCGCGGGCCAGUCACACGGGACUGCGCUAGGUGACCGUCGAUGUUUGCAGCAGAUGUAGCGAAAAAGCCGGUCUCUCUGGUCUUUCCCUUAACCCUGAUUUCCACCGAGUCAGCACCAGUAUCCCAAGUGACACCUUCGAGGGAGGAAGCUUCCAGGAGAGGCUCAGAGGCCACCCAGAAGUCACAGGUGUCUGAUGGUGCCCUCCAGAGGUCCAGUUCUCUUUCUUCCCUGGGCCCCCAUACUUUGGUGGUGGCAAGGAAGGGCAGGACUGAACCCAUGUGGAUGUUCCCUCACUGUGGAACCAGCCUGCAGACUCCACCGGCAUCUCCUGAGGCCGGGGCGCCCGGGGACGCACGCUGGGCACCUGACACCUCGGAGACACAGGAGCAGCGCCACGGAGCUGGCGGAGAGAGAGCAUUGACCCUUAGUGCACAGGCAGACUGGACGCCCAGGAGCACCGGGGCGCUCAGCCUUCUCAGGGUCACCUUAGUCAGGGGGAGCACGAGGAGAGCAAGGAGUCCUAUCUAGAAAAAAUGUAGAAACGGCAUUCAUUGACUCCCCCACCCGGAGAACCCAGUGAGCCCAUGACUCCAACAGCCCUUUAGUGUGAGGUCAGGGGCGCACUGACCACUGUCCAAACUCUCCCCUCCCCCUCCUCCCUUUUGGUUCACAAUUUCUCUAAGACACUGACCACGAGCCUCUCCAUCUGCUGGACAGUUUUGAGCCUGGCUUUGAGAGUGCACGUAUGCCCGGGUAUUGCUGUCUCACGAGGUGGACUGGGGCCGGGCAUCUGGGGGGCAUCUGAAAGUUGGCUGGGGUGGGGCGAGCUGAGCUCACUGCCCCACUUGGAGGAACACACCUGCUCCCAGUCUCCUCGGAGUGAAACCUUGUUGCGGUGGUCAUCUUAAAUUCCACCCUUUGCUGACCAACAUCUCCCCUGUUUGUUCUCUGCGGAGAAUCUAGGUUGUACUGACAAUAUUUUUCAAUGUAUUUUGAAUUUUGUACUCAUUGGAAAUUGAUGUUCAUGCCUAUAUUUUGCUCCAGAUUUUUGUUUUUAUGUUUUGUCUUGUUCUUGCAGGGGUGGGGCUGGGCAUGCACCACAAUGUCUUUGAGGGCAGCCUUGUAAACUUUUGCCAAAAUUUCAAAUUUUCCAUCCUAUUUAAAGCAAAUGCUUAUCAGACAUUUUUACCUCCAUCCUUUCUGAGUGUGUGAAGUGUGUAUGUGUGUUUAUGAGGUCAUCUUAAGUUUUCUGAAGAAACGUUUGGUUUUUCAAUGCGUUGGAAUUCCCUUUCCUCUCCCCCUCCUUUUUUAUUUUAAAAAUAUAUGAAGAGCUUAUAUAUAUUUUAUUUCUCCCCAUUUCUUUAACAGGAAACCUUUUGGCUUUAUAUACUUAAAAUAUUUUCAUUAUGUCUAUUUUUUUUUUUUGAGACAAGAGUCUCACUGUGCAGUUCAGGCUGACCUUGAACUCAGCAAUCCUGCCUCAGCCUCUCAAGUGCUGGCAUUACGGGCGUGUGGCAUCAUGCCAGGCUAUGUCCAUUUCUUCUUGGAAAGAAAAUGACUGACUGCUUUGGGAUGGAACUGAGAAACAUAGCACUGUGUGGGCCCCACUCCUGUGACCCUGGGGUGCAGUGCGGCACACCUGCCCCUGGGUCUCCCAGGUUCCUCCUGCACAGGACAGUCUGGGCAGCCCAUGCCCGGAGCUGGGUAGCGUCAGUGAAUACUGUGUUAGGGGGUGAGGUGGGCAUGGUGUUGGGAUACAGCUGGGGCUCUCUCAUUCCUGGGUCUGUCUGUGCAGCCCGCGGGCAGGCGUCCACUGGAGCGGCAUUUUUGAUUAGAGGACGCUGGGGCCUGGGAUGCUUCAAUGUAGCAAGAAUGUCCAGGUGAUCCAAAUUCUCGGUUCUGUGAUGACGCCCAUGUGCUCUUCCGUGUUCCUGAGCAAUUCCACUUUCAUUCUUUGCCAGCGUGGCCUGUUGCCCAAUAAAGCUUGUGUGUUUUCUGCCUGUGGGAAUCCCUGUAAUAUGUACGGGAACGUGAGUUCUGGGAAUGAAAUAAGGACUUUCUAUUAUAAUGCUGUUAUGUGCUUAUCUGGUGGUACAGAAAAUGUAAAGAACUUGUUUCUGGUUUAAAAAAUUAUAUUGAUUUCAGAAAAAAACCCCAA